AUGGAAUGCGAAAAAAUAUUUGAAAAAUGUUGUGCGCAAACAGUUUUAUUUGAAGUUUUAGAUCAUAAUGUUGAUUUAUCAUUCGCGAAAGAUGUUUCAUCAAAACCUUCACGUUUUUUAAUCCAAAUUGAAAUGAACAAUGUUUCAUGUUCAUUUAUUGAAACAAUAAUAGCUCAUGUACUACCCGUUCAUCUUAAAUCAUUAUCGUUUAAAACAAAUACAGUCGAUGUUUCAACAUCAUCACUGAUGGAAAAUUCUAAUUUUGAACGUUUAUUAUCACAAUUAGAAAAAUUACAUUUUUAUAUAUCAACAAUAGCAAAAUUAUCGAUCAUUGAUCAAUUUAAAACCGAUUAUUUUUUACAACGAAAAUGGUUUGUUCAACAUUCAAAUGAUAAGUGUAAUAUGCGUUAUCCUAUUUAUCCGAUUAUUUUACAUACAGAUGAUUGUUGUCAAAGUGUAUUUUGCACUGGUGAUAUUAUAUCAUUGAUUUGUCUUGGUCAUAUUAAAACAGGUUUCAUUUGGUUAAGUGGUUUAUUACCACCAGCGAUAACGACAAUUCAGUUAGUAACUGAACCAACAUUGUUUAGUACAAAAUGGCGUCUAGUGGUUCACGAUCAUAAAAAAGAUGUUAUUAGUCUACAAUGUUUAUUGGAUAAAUAUUAUUGGCUGGAUGGCACAACGAAUAAUACGGGACAAAUUCAAUUGACAAGAGCCAAUAAACCACUUGAAAACAAUUUUAAAUGGACUGUUACAAGGUUGAAUAAUGGUAUUGGUUUCCGUUGUUUGUUGGACGGCAGUUGGUUAGAUGGACGUACAGAGUCGACAGAUGUGAUUACACAAUUAACCACAAGUCAAUAUUCCGGAACAAGAUGGAAUGUUAUCAUUCAAUAG